AUGUUCUGGCGGUUCGGCGGUUACGCCAACAUCUCGACCAUCGACACCAUCCUCGACAAGCCCGACUUCACCCUGGAAGAGCUCCUCGAAGAGGCCGAUCUGAUACAGGAACUGAAGCAGCACAACACCAAGCUCAUCGAGUUCCUGCGUGAGGACAAGGUCCUCGAGAAGCUGCUCGAAUACACCGUUGUCCCCAAGCUCGAGGCCGUCCAGGGCCUUGACGAGUCCGCCGACGAUGAAAACAAGCCCAGAGGCCGCUUGCUGCCCUUCCAACGCCCUCGCGCAUCUUCACGCGCCACAGACCCCGGCGAGAGCGAUGAGGAGCUGGACAAGAAGCGCAACCGCUACGCCCAUGUCGCCUGCGAGGUCCUAAGCUCCGACACCUGGUCUAUUUACGAGGCCCUCGUCGAGAAUCGACAGCUGAUUCGAACCUUUUGGGAUUUCCUCUCUCGACCCGCGCCAUUGGACCCGCUCCAGGCUAGUUACUUUACAAAAGUCAAUGAAUCGCUGUUUGAGAAGAAGACGGAGGAGAUGAUGGAGCUACUCUGGAGCUUGCCCAACGUGAUUCCCGAUAUGCUUCGCCACGUUGAGAGCCCCAUGAUCAUGGACUUAUUGCUCAAGAUCAUUGCCCUUGAUCGCACAGAAGGUGGCCAAGGUGUUGUUGAGUGGCUGUAUUCCAAGGACAUCAUCCCAACGCUUCUCUCUUUUCUCGGCCCCGAACACAGCUGGGUUGUCCAAACUGCCGCCAGUGAUUUCAUCAAGGCCAUGAUCACCAUCUCCGCCAAUGCCUCGCAGAAUGAGCAGCAGUGUAUCGGCCCCAAUGAGCUCACUCGCCAGCUUGUUUCGAACCCGUGUGUCGAACAGCUCAUCGGAUAUAUGCUUGAAGGCGGAAACUCCUUGACUGUGGGCGUUGGUAUCAUUAUCGAAGUCAUUCGAAAGAACAACUCUGAUUACGAUCCGGACGUUGGUACUGAAGCCAAUACCGUUCCUUCCAGUCGCGACCCCAUCUAUCUGGGCAACCUGCUGCGCCUUUUUGCUCAAAACGUACCCAGGUUCAUGAAUUUGAUUAUGAACGGACAGUCUAAGAAGCAGGGCGUUGACUCGACCUUUAACGAGAAGCUGGAGCCCCUCGGAUUCGACAGAUUCAAGACUUGUGAGCUCAUGGCAGAACUGCUGCACUGCAGUAACAUGGGCCUGCUCAACGAAAUGGGCUCAGAGCAGCUGAUCGCAGCACGAGACGCUGAGCGCCAGCGACUCAGAGCCGAAGGCAAGCUCGUCACCCGAGAAGAUGAGUCGUCUGCCGACGACUUGACGAUGCGCAUUCCUCAUCCAGCCCACCAUGAGGAAGUUCGCCGUCUAGAAGUCACAAACGCAGACGAUGAUGGAUUUGAGGAAGUGGAACCCACCAAUGAAAUGAACGAGGACACUUCCCACGAAUUUAUCAAAGCAGAAGACGAUAUUGCUCAGUCGGCGAAUCUAUCCUCAUCUUCGUUCCUCGACAAGGAUGAGGACGAGUUUGUGGACGAGCCGCUAAGCUCUCCUCGGCUAUCAGUAAACUCUGUAGAGAUUAACGAGCAGCGCUUCGAGGAACCCGAUCUGGUUGUUGCGCCACUCUCGCCUACCAAAGCCAAGGCUCCCGAGCUGGCACCAGCAAAGGCAGAGGAGACUACCACAGCAACUAGCGAGGGACAAGACACGACUGAGGCAGAAGAUCAACCUUUGACGACUUCAACGGUUCUUUCCGGGCCCAUCAUCAUAGAAACACCUGGGCCAGCUAAGCCUGUACUUUCCGAGCCAACCGAAACUACCGAGGUCAAAUCCUCAAAGCCUGGGCUACAGCCAUCACCACUGCCCAGAGACGAAGAUGGUGUAGCCAAUACCAGUGUUGACGAAUUGGUUCCUGACGACAUCGAGAAAUCCCGCGGCCUAUCCCCUCACCCUGAAGAUACCCCGGCCCCUCUUUUCUCGGUCCCUCUCGCUCCUGAUUCUGGUGUACAGCAACCGCCAUACAGCUCCGAGGCUGGUGCUGCUCCAGCUGAGGCGCAGCCAGGAGAGCCUGGGAUGAAUGCUGCUCCGCCGUUUGAUGGCCCUGCGGAAACACUUGAGCCUGUAGUGGGUGAUUUUCUCAAGAUGCAAUUCGUUGAGCAUCGCGUUGUCCCAACGAUUUUGUCCUUCUUCUUUGCUUACCCUUGGAACAACUUUUUGCACAACGUCGUGUACGACAUUGUGCAGCAAGUAUUCAACGGUCCCAUGGAUCGCAGUUUCAACCCAACCUUGGCCGUAUCGCUGUUUGAAGCUGCCGACAUCACUACCGCCAUCAUCAAGGGCCAACAGGCCAGCGACGAGUCUCAGGCCAAGACGAAAACCCGAAUGGGAUACAUGGGCCACCUCACUCUCAUAGCGGAAGAGGUUGUCAAGUUCACUGAGCGUCACCCCCCUGAGCUUCUCUCGGAGAUGGUCCUUGACAAGGUUAUGAGCCAAGAUUGGAUCAACUACGUAGAGGGUGCUCUGGCAGAAACAAGAGAGCGGGAUAAUGCUAUUCUGGGCGGCGUCAGACCCGAGGUGGCUUUAGGACACCGAGCUAGCCUUGGCGGUAAUGGACUGGGCGGCAUCGGCUUCUCAGGUCUUGGAAACACGGUCAGCGCAUCCAAUGCCCUGGCAGAGGCUGGUCUCAACGGGGGCAUGGAAAUGAAUGAAGGAGAUGGAAAUGGGAUUGGCUCUUAUCCAAUCACCCAGGGUGCUCUAAUGUCCGGAUUCGGAAGUAGUAGCGACGAAGAAGACGACGAGGGCGAGGGCGAUGAAGAGGACGUGAAUUCCGAGGUAAGUUAUGAUUCUUCCGACGAGCACGGCAACGAGUCUCCUGAGGCGACAAUGGGCAUGACGCAUUCACCCGAGGAUGUUAUCAUGAUGUCUCCCGAACCCAUCAGAUCGAGUACACCAGAUGGAACACCGGGCUUGGAAGCUGAUAUUGACCUCGAUCAGCCGCAUCAAGACAUCAUGAGGGAGGUGACCGUCUUCCACUUUAAUGAGGAUGACGAGGAUGAUGAUACCACCACCGACAUACCUAGAGCUCCGGCUACGCCGAGGAGAGAGAGACAAGGCCCAUACGGUGCAGACCUGGAGGGCCCCGACGCCUUUGAAAUGGAGUAUGUCUCGGGAUCGUUGGUACCGCCGUCUAUCCCACCCCCGCCUCCACCGCCUCCUCCCUUGAAUACUCCGCCUUCAAGAGCCCGGCUGCAGCUUGCAGCGCGGCUUGCUAUGCAGAAGAAGAACAACCAACAGACACAGGAGGCCUCAUCAGCCACUGUUCAUGACGACAACGAUGACGACGACGACGAUAAUCUCGAAGACCCGUUUGGCGACGGAGAGGCUGAAGAAAUGGACGAUGAUCUGGAUGACAUGUCGACCAACCUGGGCCGUGGAGCGUGGUGGAGAGACGUUGUCGGCAGGCGGAGUGAAGGUGGACUUGAGGAUGAUGAUUCUGAUGAUGACGAAGAGGAAUUUGGAGAUUUUGCCAUGGCAGAAGAAGAGAAGGGUGGAGAAGGACAAGAUGGAGAUAAUGUGGUGUUGAAACCUCUUGCAGUGCACCCACCUAGAGAAAGCAGCAGAGGCCUCAGCGGCUUGUGGCCUUUUGGCUCUCGAGCCGAGAAGGACAAGGACGAGCCAAAGGGCGAUGCUGAUGCACAAGCGGCGGAAGAGAGGGAUGAGGAGCCUGAGAAGAGAGCUGUGGAGGUGAAGGAGGCCCGGCGGAGAACGAGCAUUGAAGAUGACGAUGAUGACGAUGACGAGGUUGGGGACGGAACACGGAGCUGA